GUAAACAGGAGGAGGACUUGGGGGAACACUGGGGGGUGGGGUACAGAGAGGCCUUGGGGUGAGGGUGCAAGAGGUUAGGGGCCCAGGCGCACAGCUGACACACUGGUGACCUUUCCCCUACAUUCGGCUAUUUUUAGCUCUAAUGCCACGAUUCUCACGUGAGACCCACGCCCCGCCCCUGCCCCCCAGCCUCCCAGACCUUUGGGCAACCUUCAGCUUGCAGCAGCUCCCGCCGCCGCAGAGAGGAGGGGGUUCUGGUUCCUGCCCCACAUCUGUUUCUCCCCAAUUUGGGAGUGGGUGUCAGGUUCCCGGUGAGGGCGGGGCAGGGGCGGCCGGGCCUGAAGGGCGUGGGGACGCGGGCCAGGGUGGCUGGCCCCAUACAGACUGCAACAAACCUGAGCUGUGCCGGCCAACCCCCGGGAUGGCGGAAGCACACCAGGCAGUAGCCUUCCAGUUCACUGUGACCCCGGACGGGGUUGACUUCCGGCUCAGUCGGGAGGCCCUGAAACACGUCUACCUGUCCGGGAUCAACUCGUGGAAGAAGCGCUUGAUUCGCAUCAAGAAUGGCAUCCUUAGGGGUGUGUACCCCGGCAGCCCGACCAGCUGGCUGGUGGUCGUCAUGGCGACGAUGGGUUCCUCCUACUGCAAGGUGGACAUCUCCAUGGGGCUGGUCUGUUGCAUCCAGAAGUACCUCCCUGAGCGGUGCGGCCCCUACCAGACUCCGCAGACCAGGGCGCUCCUCAGCAUGGCCAUCUUCUCCACGGGGGUUUGGGUGACGGGCAUCUUUCUCUUCCGCCAAACCCUGAAGCUGCUUCUCUCCUACCACGGGUGGAUGUUUGAGAUGCACGGCAAGACCAGCCGCUUCACCAAGAUCUGGGCUAUCUGUGUCCGCCUCCUGUCCAGCCGGCGGCCCAUGCUCUACAGCUUCCAGACGUCUCUGCCCAAACUUCCCGUGCCCAGUGUGCCAGCCACGAUCCAGCGAUACCUGGAGUCCGUGAGGCCCUUGCUGGGUGACGAGGAGUAUUACCGCAUGGAGACACUGGCCAAAGAAUUCCAGGAGAAGACGGCCCCCAGGCUGCAGAAAUACCUGGUGUUCAAGUCCUGGUGGGCAACCAACUACGUGAGUGACUGGUGGGAAGAGUACGUCUACCUUCGAGGGAGGAGCCCCAUCAUGGUGAACAGCAACUACUAUGUCAUGGACCUCGUGCUGGUCAAGAACACGGAUGUGCAGGCGGCCCGCGUGGGGAACGCCGUCCACGCCAUGAUCAUGUACCGCCGUAAGCUGGACCGUGAGGAGAUCAAGCCUGUGAUGGCUCUGGGCAUCGUGCCCAUGUGCUGCUACCAGAUGGAGAGGAUGUUCAACACCACGCGCAUCCCGGGCAAGGAGACAGAUGUGCUGCAGCACCUCGCGGACAGCAGGCACGUGGCUGUCUACCACAAGGGCCGCUUCUACAAGGUGUGGCUGUAUGAGGGCUCGCGCCUGCUCAAGCCCCGGGAACUGGAGAUGCAGUUCCAGAGGAUCCUGGAUGACCCCUCCCCGCCCCAGCCUGGGGAGGAGAAGCUGGCAGCCCUCACCGCGGGUGGAAGGGUGGAGUGGGCGCAGGCACGCCAGGCCUAUUUCAGCUCGGGCAAGAACAAGGCCUCUCUGGACGCCAUUGAGCGUGCUGCCUUCUUCGUGGCCCUGGAUGAGGAGGCCCACUGCUACAACCCCGAGGACGAGGCCAGCCUCAGCCUCUACGGCAAGGCCUUGCUGCAUGGCAACUGCUACAACAGGUGGUUCGACAAGUCUUUCACUCUCAUUUCCUUCAAGAAUGGCCAGCUGGGUCUCAACACGGAACACGCGUGGGCUGACGCCCCCAUCAUCGGGCACCUCUGGGAGUUUGUCGUGGGCACUGACACCUUCCACCUGGGCUAUACAGAGACUGGGCACUGCCUAGGCAAACCGAACUCCACGCUGGCGCCUCCUCAGCGGCUGCAGUGGGACAUUCCCGAGCAGUGUCAGGCAGUCAUCGAGCGCUCGUACCAGGUGGCCAGGGCUCUGGCGGACGAUGUGGAGCUGUGCUGCUUCCAGUUCCUGCCCUUCGGGAAGGGCCUCAUCAAGAAGUGUCGGACCAGCCCGGACGCCUUCGUGCAGAUAGCCCUGCAGCUGGCUCACUUCCGCGACAAGGGCAAGUUCUGCCUGACCUACGAGGCCUCGAUGACCAGGAUGUUCCGGGAGGGACGGACUGAGACCGUGCGUUCCUGUACCAGCGAGUCCACAGCCUUUGUGCAGGCCAUGAUGGAGGGGUCGCACAUGAAAGCCGACCUCCAGGAUCUCUUCCGGAAAGCUGCGCAAAAGCACCAGAACAUGUACCGCCUGGCCAUGACGGGGGCUGGGAUCGACAGGCACCUCUUCUGCCUCUACCUGGUUUCUAAGUACCUGGGGGUCAGCUCCCCGUUCCUGGCUGAGGUGCUCUCCGAACCCUGGCGCCUCUCCACCAGCCAGAUCCCUCAAUCCCAGAUCCGCAUGUUCGACCCAGACCAGUACCCCAAUCACCUGGGCGCUGGAGGUGGCUUUGGCCCUGUAGCAGAUGAUGGCUAUGGAGUCUCCUACAUGAUCGCAGGCGAGAACACGAUCUUCUUCCACGUCUCCAGCAAGUUCUCAAGCUCGGAGACCAACGCCCAGCGCUUCGGGAACCACAUCCGCCAAGCCCUUCUGGACAUCGCCGGCCUCUUCCAAGUCCCCAAGGCUGACCGCUGAGGGCAGAGGAAACGGCGGUGCCCUUUCACCCCCACGCUGUGAGGAAGGGGCGCGUGGUGGCGCCCACACGAGAGGUGGCCAUGCACAGGCGCCCAGCUCCAAGGACGGCUCUGGCAGCAGCUGCUCCCUGAGGGUCCCAGUGGAGAGAUGGUGUUGGAGCAGGAGGGAAUUCUGAUUGUUUUCUUGGUAGACACUAAUAAAAAUACGGCUGUGUAAUUCUCUCA